UUCGGGUAUCCGUCGUGCCAAAUGCGCUCCUUCAAAGCAUUUUAUCGGAUACGUACCAAAGUAAGAGUUAAGUGGACUAAAACAUCCUAAUUGAAAGCAUAGUAGAAGUCGCUUGACUUCAUGUUUACGCCUCCCAGGGAGGGGCAUAGGUCGGCAUAGGGACGGUAGCAGGGACAUAACACUGUAGCUGCUCAAAUCCCCAUCAUCUUUUAAGCAACCUUAUUUGCAUCAUAUAAUGACUUCAGUUAUAGAUUGUCUUCCCAUAUGUUGUAAGGAUGGAAUUGAGCCUACCAUUAUUACUGUAGUAGCUCGAAAAUCAGACGGUGUUUUUUGCAUCGAAAUAAGACUGAAAAAGUGGGGGUCGUCUUAUAUUCGGGGUCACGACGCUAGAUAGCGCCAGAUAUCAUUGAAGCGAAUGCUGAACUUGACUGACCAAAGCGAACCCCUGACACGAAGGAGAAAAAAGUGGUAAGGAAGAAAAGAGAAAAAAAAUAAUAGAAGAAGAGAUAACAUAAAAUGGAGAAACAUAGCGACAAUCUGGAGAAAAGUGGGUCGAAGAUCGGCCAUGUUAACCGGCAGCUGAGGAGAAGUUAUGAUGUAAACUUCAAGAUGAUGGUGAUAAACGAGGCAGAGUCUUCAAACAAUUGCAAAGCGGCUGUGAAAUAUGGUGUCAGAGAGUGUAAUGUACGGAGAUGGAGAACUCAAAAAGAUCACCUAAAAAAUGCUCACGGUCAGAGAAAAGCUUUCCGUGGUCCUCAGAGCGGCCGCUUCCAAGAACUUGAAUGGAGGGUGUGCGCCUACGUGGACGAGAAACGAAAGGACGGGAUGCCCAUCAGCAGAGCUGCUAUUCAGCUCAAGGCCGUGGAAAUAGCCAAAGAGCUAAAUAUACCCACCGGUGACUUCAAAGCAAGCCUCGGCUGGUGUAACAGAAUGAUGCGGCGUAACGGACUAACGCUGCGACGCAGAACAAGUCUAGCCCAGCGCCUGCCCUCUGACUUUGGAGAGAAGCUGUUGUCUUUUCAGCGCUAUGUAAUCACCUUAAGGAAAAAUCACUCUCACCCACUGGAUCAGAUUGGCAAUGCUGAUCAGACACCUGUGUUUUUUGACGUGCCAACACCUGUCACUGCACACAAGAAAGACAUGACUGAAGAAGAUCUUCACCUGGAGAAGCACGAUCCCCCCCAUGUUAUACAGGAGUCGGAAGGGGAGGCAGAGCCAGAGACCCCCAGCAUGAAAGAAGAAAAACAGGAAGAUGAAAUCCCCAACUUCUCACAGACUGUCAGUGUGAAGAUUGAAGAAGAAGGUCCAAGCGACAGCUCAUUUGAACACCUAACGACAAAAGAUGUCACAUUGCAAGAUCUUCACCCUGAGAAGCACGAUCCCCCCAAUGUUAAACGAGAGUCUGAGUCGGAGAUGCCGUAUAACAAACAGGAGGCGGAGCCAGAGAUCCUCUGCAUGAUUGAAAAAGAACAGCAAGAUGAGGUCCCCAAGUCUCCAAUGAUUGUCAGAGUGAAGAGUGAAGAAGAUGAAGAUCCAAGUGAAGACAGCAGAGCUGCGAAACCUCUGAGCGACCACUUAUUUCAACGCCUGACAGCAAAAGGUGAGGGACGAUCGCAACAGGCCGGCCUCUUAGCACCGCUCUCGGACAGCGACGACGUAACAUCACACUCCUCUGACUUCAACUCUGAUGAGGAGGAUGUUGACUUUGAGCAAAAUGUUUCGAAAUUAUCAAACAAGUCAUCAGUGAAAAGAGACACUAAAGAGCAUGUGGGUAAGAAACAUUUUGCCUGCUCACUUUGCGAUAAGAGAUUUUCUACGAAGCAAGAGGUAACAAGACACACUCGUACACACACUGGAGAGAAACCUUUUGUCUGCACAUGUUGCGAUAAAAGAUUUCAUAUGAAGUACGAGUUAACAAUACAUAUGCGAACACACACUGGAAAGAAGCCAUUUGCCUGCUCAGUUUGUGGUAAAAGAUUCUCCCAGCAAUUAAAUAGACACAUGAAAACACACACGAGAGAAACUCCUUUGGCCUGCAGACUCUGCGACAUUGGAUUUUGUACGAGGCAAGAGUUAAAUAGACACAGGCUUACAUGCAUUGAAGAAAAACCUUUCUCCUGCACACUUUGUGAUAAAAGCUACUCUGAGAAAGGACUUUUAAAGAAACACGUAAAAACACACACCGAAGAGAAGCCUUAUGUCUGCAUAUGUUGUGGGAAAAGAUUUUGGGGGAAACUUCAUUUAAAAAUACACAUGCGUAUACACACUGGAGAAAAGCCUUUUGCUUGCUCAGUUUGUGGUAAAAGAUUCACCGAGAAGGGAAGUUUAAAAAUGCAUGUAAUGUCACACACUGGAGAGAAGCCUUUUGACUGCUCACUUUGCGAUAAACGAUAUUAUACAAAGCAAGAUUUAACAACACACACGCGUACACACACUGGAGAAAAGCCUUUUGCCUGCUCAGAUUGUGGUAAAAGAUUCACCUGCAAGAGAUACCUUAAAAAUCACACAAAAACCCACACUAUGGAGAAACCUUUUUCCUGAGCGGUUUGUGGUGAAAGUUCCACUCGCAAGGGUCAUUGCACACAAGAAGCCAAACUGGGGGAAUAUCUUUCAAUUGCAAUGUGUGCCAAAUACAGGUAGUCCCCGGGUUGCGACGGACCAGACUUACGCGCCUUUGACUUUAUGACGACUGCGUCUCGUCGUGUUUUUUUUUUUUUUUUUUUUUUUUUUUAUGUUAACUUUUGUUUUGUGAUCCUUGCUUUUAUUUUGGCACAGGAAGCGAGCACAUGUACAGACAUGCCUGUACAUCGCACACACAGAGCAGCCGAGUGACAGAGGGGACAGCCUGCGUGCACAUUUCUUGCUUGUGACGCAUCCAAAGGCGACAGCUGUAGAAACCCCUUUUGUACUGUUUAUUGUGCCUUUUCGAUUGUGGUAGAACACUUGGGGUGAGUUUGUGUGAUUGUUUUUGAUGUGCGGAUACUGAUACAUGCUAAUCGUUUGUUUUUGCUGUAUCAGCAGCUGCUAGUAAGCACAAAUUUGAAUUGCUGUUAUUGGUGAUGAGACUGAUUGGAUUUCCUUUUAUUUUAGAUUCAUUCUGCAAGUGUUGAUGUCAUGAGCAGCUGAAUAAAGUCAGCAAAUCAGACAGACAUCUGACACCCUCAUUUCGGAGCUUAGCUCACUGUCUAGCUAGGAAUUAGCUCCAACGUCUUGCCGAGGACAGUACAAUGACGUAUAAUAUAUUUUUUGGGAUAGUUUUUUUUUUUUAAUUCAGAGGCUGUUUUGAUGUAAUUAAAGGGUUUAUUCCGACUUCUGCGGAAAUCCGCAUUACAUUGCCAGUGCAGGAACGGAACUUGUUGGUAAACCGGGGACUACCUGUAUUCAGAUUUCUAUAAUGUAUUGACAGUGGAAAAGGCAUUUAAAUUUCCUAAUUCCUUGACUGUUGAGCUUCUUUUGAAAAAGUUGUUGCAAUGGUUUAGCAGUUCCCGUUCUUUUUUUUUUAUUUUUUGUAUUAUUGUCAGACCAAUUCAUUAUUCUCGGUUGUUCCAGAUUUUUCUUUAGAAUAUUUCUUUGGAAUUUAGAAUGAUUCUACCGUUGCCUAUGUUGUUGUUGUUUGUACAUUUCCAAACUUGAUCUGAAUAGUUUCAGGGAAGAUGUCUUUAUUCAUUUUGUGCCUUGUAAUAUUUUCCAAUCUAAUUAUGUAUAGGUA